AGACUAUGUUGUUUAUUAUCAUUUUUUAAUGAUUAUCAUUUAUUGUAGUGUGAACACAACAUGUGAAUAACUUUUCUGGAGAAAGAGAUGAUUUUUUUAAAAAUCGUAUGUCCUGGAUCUAAAAUACAAAAUUGUCGUCUGUUAUCUUAGUUUAUGACAGAGAAAGAAUCUUUUUUGGUUUUACAUAGAAACAAAUUACUAAUGGAAUAACUAAAUUAUAAAUUAGUUACUAUGUACUUUAUUAAAUUCAAUGGAAGACCUUAUUUUAUCCAUCAUAUGCUUUACAUGAUAAGAGAACAAGGAACAACUAAUUGAAGUAUCCCAGUUUCUACGAAGAAGAAGCAGAAGAAGAAGAAGAACAUGAUGCAUCGUUCAAGAUCAAAUUCAUUACAUUCAAUUCUAGAAAUGAUUCUUUCAUUAUUAUUACUAAUGAUCUAUGGAAUUAUGAUCAUUUAUAGUAAACCAUUAGAUAUUGAAUCAGAUACACCAUUAACUAUAAGUUUUAAUCCAUCGUCUAAUCAAGUACAAUUAAAUCAACCAUUAAUAAUACGUUGUGAAGUUCAUUCAUUCAAUAAUAAGCAAUUAGAAGUCAAUAAGAAUAAUAAUAAUAAUAUACUUAAUGGUUAUAGUAUGUUCUUUCAAUGUCCUAUAGCCCCAUGGGGUAAAUUUUGUUUUCAUAAUUGUCAAUCAGCAUGUGUUGGUGAAAUACCUAAUCAAUGUCCAUAUGAUAAUGAAUUAAGUCUUAUUAAAUGUCGUACUGCUAUGACUGAACAAGGUUAUUUAUUUUAUGAAUAUACAAUACCAAAUCUAACUGAAACAUGGUUAGGAUUAAAUCAUAAUAAUAAUGAUAAUAACACUUCAAUGGAUAAGGAUAAUCAUCGUAAUAAAAUAGGUUUCUCAUGUAAAACAACUGGAUUAGAAACACCAAGAAUUCCUUUAACUAUAGUUAAACCCAAUGAUAUUCAAUUGAAUACAAUGGAUCUAUCAAAGACGAAAACAUCAUCAUCAUCAUCUAAUUCUCAUUCAAUGAUAUCUCAUUUGAAUAAAACUAUAUCUAAUGAAUAUAAUACACAGAAAGAUGAAUCUAAUCCAUUGAAUAAUGGAAUGAAUCAAUCGAUUAAACGAAUCAAUUCUGAACUUAAAGCCGCUUUAACACGUGAAGUAAUAAAUAUUGAUGCAAUUAUUAUAGUGUUCAUCUCAGUUAUACUCAAUGUGUUCUGUUAUAUUCGAUGUGCAUUAUUUCGUCAAUAUUCAAGUAAGUAGUCAAUAGUUUAUUUUGAUAAUUACUCAAUAAAGUGUAUCCUGAAUUGAGAAAUGUUCAUUAGCCAUUACAUUAUUCAAUAUGUUCAUGUUGUCUUGUGAAAAUCUAUGUUGAACAGAUUAUAUUCUUUGUUCUAAAUCGGUAUGAUCAUAAAAGUUCCAUUGUCUUUCAAAAUAAUAUUGUCAUAUGUACUACUGAUAUCCGUAGAUAUAAGUAGUAUGUAUCAGCCGCUAAAUGCUCUGGUACGCCCGAGAGUGGAGAGAGUUCGCUCUCCCUACCCAAAUGCUCUCUUAUUUACACACGUAUAUAUCCUCUGACAAGGAAGUCCUAUUCACUGCCAUCUCGCACCACGCGUGUUGUUUACGAAAUUGAGAAGAUGAAAAGUUAAUGCUUGGCGCUUUCACCGGGUUGAUGGACAUGCAGAGUCCACCUUCGGGAGUUCGAAAACCCUCAUUCAAAACAAAUGGUGCACAUGGGCUCCAGUAUCCUGAAGGAACAAAUGGAUUAGGAAUCAAUCGUUGGUCACCGGCUACCAUGGAACUGCAUCUCUUUACGACGCUCCACUGCCUCGUGGGUGAGACCUUCAGGUCGAAGGUUCCAGGUGUGGCCUCCUAAGAAAACCACCUGCUUCGGUUUGGGCACCCAGACAGUAUCACAGCCCUCAAACAUAUCAAAUGAGAUCUGUGUGGCGCAUAUGUAUGUUAAAGUAUGUAUCAUCAUUACUUUUCUGCGGGUCGUGACCUCGUAUGUUCGUACUCUAGACUGCUGAUUCCACUUGUACUCCUUUUGGCAUGGUCUCGGUAUUCGUCCAACACCACGAGAUCGCCAACGAAAUAAACUUGGUUACGCGCUAUCAUCGCCUUCUGAUUUGUUUGAUACUCGUUACUUUGUAGUGGUGCUCAUAGUCAACCUCGAUUCGACACCAGAUGACACAUUCUUGAAUGUGUGUCCUAUCCACUCUCAGAGCUUUUCCUUAUUUCUUCUUCCACUGAGAUCUGGUUUAUUCUCUCCCACAGUAGGUUGUUGCUGAUAAUGUCGGGUCAACGGAUCCGAAGUAUUUUGCGUAGACAACUUUUAUUAAGCACUUGUAUCUUCCGAAUGAUGGCUUCCGUAGUUCUCCUGGUUUCCGCCUCAUAUAGCAGAACUGUUUCGACAUUCGCAUUGAAAAUUCUAACUUUGGCGUUUGUGGACAGUUGUUUAGACUUCCAAAUGUUUUUCAACUGCGGAUGCACUGCUCUUGCUUCACCGAUCCGCGCUUUUACAUCUGCAUCAGAUCCACUGUGUUCAUAAAUGAUGUUGUUCAGAUAUUUAAAGGUUUUUAUAUCCUCCGAAGAAUUCUCUGUUAUGUAUGAUUUGGUUGGUUCAUGAUGUGUUGUAACGGAGAGUCUUGCGUUUACCUUUGUGUAUACUAGGAUACACAGCUGCUUAGGCUGCUGCUACACUAGUCGUCUUCUUCUGCAUUUGUUGAUGCGUGUGCGAUAGGAGAGCCAGAUCAUCUGCAAGGUCUAGAUCGUUCGACGGCACCCAUUGCCUGUAUUUGCAGUUCAGCUGCAGGAUCUUGGGGUUGAAGUGAGCCGCGGCCUACUGCCGGGUGAUUGCAGAUGGUGGUUUGAAACUCCAUGAGCUUAAAGAAAGACAUUCACCAAGGUACAGACUGCAAUUUUCAUUUCAUUAUAAACAUGGAGUUUCACCAUUACUCUAGAUGGUCUACUAUAUUUGCGAUACUUCACAUACUGUAAAUGCUCUCACUUGAACUAGUCAUAUAUAUUAUUUUUGAUGACCAUCACCCCCAAACCCUUUCAUGACAAGAUAUAUUUAUUCACUUCAUACAACUACAAACAUACUACAAUGAAUGAAGAGAUAUUUGUAUAUUGAAAAUCGUAUUUACUAAAAUAGUGAGUAAAAACGAACACCAUGAUGUAUGAAAAUACUGGAAGCAGCAGACCUUAUGACUGACAUGACACCUAGUUUGUUUACAUUAGCCAUGUUUUCAUAAAACUAAGAUAGAAGUAUAAACGUUGGUGCAUAAGAGCUAUGAAACAACCUAAAUAAUAAUAAAUACUACUACAAGCCGAUAAAUAAAACAUAAAAGUUCAUAAAAACUGUCUUGCUGUUUGUUACGGGAGAACUGAAGACAUUUGACUGAUUAAAACUUUUUUAUUGUAUAUGAUUAAUUGCACUGUGUUUUUGGAUGUAUUCAUUUUACUUAACUUCUGAACUUGUUUGUUUAUAACAUUAUUUUCGGACAUUUUGGUUUCUGUUUGUCUUUGGUUUGGUAAUUGGGAGUUUUUACUCCGGGAACCUACAAAAUUGAUGGUUUGUUUUGUAAUCUUUAUUAGUAUUGUUGUCAGGACGACAUUUGGGUCGACUAUUUGUGAAUUGCGAAUAAACUUUGGUACCAAAUUGGAGUUUUGUUCUAUGAUUGAUUUUGGUUCGUAAGUUGCAAAUAGAUCGAUAUACUGUACUUCAAUAACGGGAACGAGCAAAAACCUGGACGUAACACUGAUGACAAUGGAUAUAAUGAAUGUUUUGUCUCCACACGAUUAUGAAUAGCGAACAAUAAACUAAACCAGAAUAAUGUUUUGUGGCCAAUAUUUAAUAUAGUUCUGACGAAACAAUCGAAAAUCAUGCCAUUUUGUACUAGUUUGAUGAAAUCCAUUAUGAAAUAAACGGGAAUAUAUUCUACUCAUAUUGUUUAAACUUGAUCGUCAAAACGUAUUGGUAACAAUACGCAUUUAGAACAUUGAAUACGAAUUUUCCGGAUGUUUAUAUUUCGUGAACCAAUUCAGUUAGAUACGAUGUCAAACGUGUAAAUUGUAUUUGAAAACGAGUGAUGCUCCAGUUAUUUAGUAAGACGGAGAACAAGUUGAGUAAUUGUGACAACAACUAAAAUUGAUGAGCAUGUAGCAACAUACGCCGACUUAAAAAUAGACAAGCAUACAAACGAAUAAAUUACUCAGAAACAAUCAAAAGUUCUGCUAUAUACGAAAUGUAGAAUGAUUAGUGUGUGUUUGACAACUGGGUGAUGCAAGUUUAAUUAAAUGCUGGAAAUGUGGCUGUGCUCUGUUUAGCCCAACCCAUCAUUUCAAAACAUUUAGCAUUGGUGAUGUGAUAUUAUGAUCACUACUAAUCAUUUUAAGUUUGAUCUCUGUGUGUACAGGUGAUAUGACAAAUGGUUUAGUUAACUACCAAUAAAACAACCCCUCCCUAUGUGGUAAGUCAAAUAUAACAAAUGACUAUUUCCAAUUUGUUCACUUUUGUAUUUAUCGUGCAGAUACUUGACAUUUACGUUACUUUUCUGUUUGAUAGUUCCAUUCCAAAUAUUCUUUGUUAGUUUUGAAACUGUACUGCAUACAUGACAUGUUUACCCACAAUCGACAUCCACAAUAAUAAUGCAACAGGUUUCUGAAUGCAUCAUUUCCGGCGGCCAAACUUCAAAUUCUGUAUAAAACAACAUGCUCAGUAACUCAAUCAAUGGUUGAUAAGCAUCCUUUUCAUGUUACCGCCAAUUGCAUUUAUGAAUUUACGUGUACCUGCCAAAGCAGCUACACUGGCCGAACAGAAAGCAGGGCAUAUAUCAGAUUUUUUAAACAUGUUCCAAAAAGGCUCAGAACAAGAGAAAGAAAUACUAUAAAUAUUGCAAUCACCAAACAUCUUCUUGAUACAGGACAUCAGGUCGAUACCCUACAAUCAUUCAAGGUGAUUAGUAAGCAGCCAAACUCCAGUCUUCUGAAGUUUGCUGAAGUAGUUGCUAUCAGGCUCCAAAGGCCUGAUUUAUAUGUUCAAAAGAUGGUUAUUAUUCUUUCCUUGCCUUGUUGAUCAAUAUUCCUUUGUUAUAUCUUAAUAUUUCUUCUUUGCUUUGAACUCUUUUUUCAUUUAUCACACCAUUGAGUUUUAUUCAGACUGUCUUAUUUUGUCAACUGAAAUCUACUCAUUUUAUUCCUAUCAAGGUUUACUUGUUUCUAACCGUUUGAACUGUUGUCACAAUGUUCCUUCAUCACAUAAGGUAUAUAUUUACAAUAUUCAGUCUAUUACAUUUAUUUACACCCUUGCUAUACUAUACUACUAUGUUUACAAUAUAACUUCCAACUGAACUCUUUGACAUAAGUAAUUUAAACACAUUAUGUAAUUAUGAUUUUAAAUAACACAGGUUGUAAGCAGCUGACGAGAACCAACGAAAUAAAUAUGAAUUCAUGCUAUUCUACUUGAACAUUUGUUCUUGUUCUUUUCAAAAUGAUAAAGGGAACUAUGUGUAUGAAAUUUCCACAGAUGUUCAAUCACACACUCUUAACCGUUUUCCAUAAUAUGAUACCACGCUACUCAGUUUUCAUUCAAAUCAUAAGUAUUUAUGUUCUCACUUGCUCUACAAUGCAAGUGAAUAUGCAUCGCACCCGUCGCCAUUAAGCUACACAUUUCAUACCAUUCUUUAAGAUGACAGAGAUUGGUUAAUUUGCUCAAAAUCAAACGUCAAAAUUGCUCUGAUUACGAAAUGUGAAACGUCUGUUUAUAAAUGUAUUACGGCUUAUAAUUAAGAUCGUCUUGCAUCUGAAAAUCAGCUUUGUAGAAAAUGUCUUAACUCCCUAUCGUAAAGCUACUCCGUGAAUUUCGCUCCAAUAUCAUCAUUAUAAUGUAUACUUUAUACUGCAAACCAGUGCUUUCUUCCUUUUUCAUGACGCCAGGUGGCACAUCGGCGAUGACUGUGCCGAAAGUUAGCGCUAGCCAGAAACAGGUUGUGGUCUGUGCAAAGUUGCAGUAGACGGUCUCCGUUAUCUGACCUGCGACCAACGAGUCCCCAUCGGCCACCUAAACGACUCUCUUCUGUGCCUAGACGCCCGACCUGAGCAUUCAAGUCUCCGGCUAGUACUACAAUAUCUGUCGAACGCACUUUCUGGAGAAGAACAGAUAACUGGUGGUAAAACUCAUCCUUGAUUGCAUCCGGGCUGCAAUCUGUCGGGGCAUAGGUGGAGAUGACGAAAAGACAUCUUUUCUCACGCCGAUUUCUUCUCACUUUGAUGGAACUUUCUAAUCCAACAGCACAUAACCGACUGUUAAUGGGGAUCCAAUCGACUAGUGCUGCCUCAGCUCUAGCGCUUAGUGCGACACCAACGCCAGCAAGACCAGACGAAGAUGCCACAGGGUCCCCGGAUAAGCGCACGUAAAAAAAGCUUUUCGAAGUGACAGAUGGAGAUCGAAUUUGUAGUACUUCGCCAGAGUCUUGAAUACGGGUCUCGGAUAGACAACAAACAUCAAUAUUAAGACUUUUCAAAGACAUAACCAGCCCUAUCUGUUGUCCGACCUGCAUAAAUGUGCAAACGUUGAAGGCAGCCAGUUUGAAUGGCGCACGUGGUUUCAGAAAAACUGCUUCAGUCCUCGUAUUCGGUGGUAACAUACAAUUUUCAACCGGACAGUGACUCGAGAACGUUUAGAUACAGUCGAAUUUCCACCAAAGACGAGCCGCUGUAUAAGUAUAAAAGAGGGUGAAUAAUGUGGAAAAUAAUAAUAAUAUUAAUAAUAAUAAUAAUGACAACAAUAGUAGUAAUAAUAAUGAUAGUAUUAAUAAUGACAAUAAUUGUAAUGAUAAUAAUCUGAAUCAAUUGUUUGUUUUUCAAAGCGAGAAAUGUAAUUUCCAUAGGCAUAAAGAGUACAUCAAUUUGUGUGUGGGCUGUGAUACUGCCCGGGUACCCGAACCGAAGCUGGUGGUUAUCUUAGGGGGCCACUCCCCGAGCCUUUGACCUAAAGGUCUAACCCACAAGGCAGUGGAGCAUCGUAAGGAGAUGCAGUCCCAUAGUAGCCGGUGACCAACGAUUGGUUCAUCCGCCAUUUGUUCCCGCAGGAUACUGGAGCCCUUGUGCACCAUAGAUUUGUGAUCCGGUUAAAGCGCCGGACAUUCGCUUUUUGUCCUCUCAUUUUCGUAAGCAACACCCCCGCCACGAGAAGGCAAUGAUUAGGACUUCCCUGGCAGAGGCUGUAUACGCGUGGCCGUGUGAGAGUAUUUCGAGAGGGAGAGCGAACUCUCCCCACUCUCGGCCGUACCAGGGCAUUCAGGAGGCACUUCACUGUUAUGAAACGAUAAUCGAACUAUUGUGAAACAACUUACGCAUCUCAAUAAUGGUCACACACGGUCUUCACUGCCAUCAGUUGUAGCACGUUUCAACUUCACUAUAUUAUACAUCAACAAAUGUCGACCGAUUUAAAAUUGUUUUCACUAGUUUUAUUCUGAAGAAUCUGUGGACCUACUGCCAUAAGGAACGUGAUCAUUUAUUUCGUCGGAUGGAUCAAAUCCACUAAAGCCUUUAUAUUCUAUCAUAAAACAAUGAAAGAAAUCAGUAACUUCUAAUCAUAAUAUGAAGGUGGAAAUAGACGACCUGCCAUAAAAUGUUUUGUGUUUUUCAUACAUCACAUAGAAUAAUUGAACAGAAAAUUGGAAAUAAUUUUCACCGAAUGUCUAUAUGAGAUAUCCUAUUCCAUGUACAGAUAAGGAUACUUUAAAAUUCAUGUUAAUUUCUGUUAUUUAUGUGAGGCUACUGCCGGUCCCAAGCCCGGAUGAAGGAGGAGGGUUGGGUAUGGGGUUAGCGACCCCAUCCCGUAGAAAACUAACUCGCUAAAAUACGCUAACUGGAAAAACAUCAUUCAAAUCUUUUAAACUCUGCCGCGGGAGUCAGAAGGUUUUCAUUUAGAAGACGCCUCAUGAUGAAAGCUGAGUUCCUUCGGAAGUCACGUGGCAGAUGUCACAACAAAUCGAACUCAAAGUAUUCCUCUUCCUUCUCUUCAGCUACAUUUAAGUCAAUGAGUCCACAUUUUCUUUAAAAAAAAUGAAUUACAUUCAAUAAGAAUCAGCACUUAAUCUUCAACGACCUUUGUGAAGAAGUGGAUUUAGAACUUUCUUUUCUUUAAUUAAGCGAUUAUAAUAUCAUGAGUCAAAAUCGUGUCUUUUUUACAAUAAGAUGAAGUUUGAACUCAUUUUAAAAUAAAUAAGAAAGGUUAGUUCAGCGAAGAGUUCUAUUUUCGGCGAACUCAUUGAAGACAAUGGUGUAUGGUGGUACAACUUCGUGGAUUGGUUGAAGUUAGACAUUAACACCGUUGGAUUCUAGCCGGCUCAGUGGUCUAAUUGUUAAAUGCCGAGGUAUUCGUGAAGUCCACUAUGGGUUUUAAAGGAAUGUCAAGCUUGUGAUAUUUGGUGGCUCAUAGAAUCUUGAUAUGGUGUUGGAUUUAGAGUAUAAAGUAAACUAUAGGGAAACGCCAAUAAAUUGCUUUAGUUCUUUCAGAAUUCACUUGUCUCUGAUUUAACUUUAGUUUUAACCACUUGAAGAUUCUUUGAAUAGAUCUUCAAAUUUGGUCCCGUCGAUAGAUGUUAAAGGACGUUUCCUUCAUAGUCACUCUUGCUGAAGACCGCUGUUGUAUUCCCUUUGUCAGCCUAGGUAAUGACAAUCGUUCUAUCUUUCUGCAAUGAGUGUAAAGCUUUCCAUUCUUCUUUGGAAACAUUAGGUGGAACGGAUAUUUGUUUUGUCAAUAUGUAUUAUGUUUCUUAACAUAAUAUAUGCGAUUGUUUGUCUGGACAUUUUUCGAGUACUGGUUCUAGGAUUGAGGCGACUUGUACACACACAUACCUAAUCUCAACCUCACUACUUUAUAUUACAAAUGCAUACAUUUUUCAUACCCACAUUCUGACUCACAAUUUAAUACAGUGACAGGUCAUACAAAUUCAUCUUGACCAAGAAUAUCUUGACAUUGACAUAUGCAAACCUAUGGUGAUUUUCAUUGUACUAAAAAUGUUUUGCAUUGUUCCUUUUGUACUAUUUCAAACUUGUGUUAAUUUAAUUCGGUUGUUUAUUUACUCUGUAGAAGUGGCUUACAUUAAGUCACGAAACGUCAGAAAUACAAUUUUUCUACUCAUUUGGAUAUAACAACAAAAAUUUUAUUUUUUAUCUUGUUUUGUCAAGUUUGUAAGUGUUACUGAUCAGUUCUGUACGACAACGAUUCGUUGGAUAGAGUAGGUUGUAACUAUAUAUAUAACCACAGGAAUUUCUC